GCCCCGCAGUAUAGUCAUCUGUUUUUCAACGUCACCACGCAUCAUACCCCUGCCUACGACCAUGCACCGAAUCCGGAUAAACAGUGGAUCCUCCGGGUGACACAACCGAUGGCCCCUAUCCAUCGCAAAUUCACCGAUCUGCUGAUGACAAAACGGCUGCAGACGCUCCAAUCGGUGGAUGUGGCGGUGGAACGAGUCUACCAGGAGCUGAAAGCCCUCGGAGAGCUGGACAACACCUACAUAAUCUACACCUCGGAUCACGGCUACCACCUCGGCCAAUUCGGACUUAUCAAAGGCAAAAGCUUCCCGUUCGAGUUCGACGUACGGGUACCGUUCCUGAUUCGUGGCCCCGGAAUUGAACCGGCCAGUGUGGUUGAUGAAAUCGUACUGAACGUCGACUUGGCUCCAACGUUCCUGGACAUCGGAGGGGUGGCACCGCCACCGCACAUGGAUGGACGCAGCUUCUUGCCGCUGAUCUUGAAUCGGCAUCGAAAUGUGGUCGAUAAGUGGCCCGAUACGUUCCUCAUCGAAAGUUCCGGCCGUCGAGAAACUCCGGAGCAGAUUCACGAACAGAAGAUGCGAGCUGCUGCGGCUAGGUAUUCGGCCCGCAUGAACGCCCUUCAGAACAUGUCUACACUGGCGGUGGUCACUUCGACGGUACCCUCACUUGAAAUUCUUACGGAGAGCGAAAAGAAGGAUGACAUCACGGUGGAUUUUGGGUCCCAUGAGCACGAGGACGAUGAUGAGGAUCAUGAAGCGGAUCAUGAUGAUGAUGAUCAUCACGGGGAUGAAUCGGACGUAGAACACGCCGACGGUAGACAGGAGCACGAAGAUUACGUCAUUGACCAUCAGGAGGCGCAACAUUUCAGUGUCAGUGAGGCCCAUCAGGACCCCCUGGACAACCACCUGCCGAUGACACCGUAUCGGUCGAAGAUGGAACGCUUGAACAGCGAAUGUUCGAACCCGCAGGUGCAACAGAACUGCGUCCCGGGUCAGAAGUGGCGCUGCGUGAACGAAGACGGUCGCUGGCGACGGCACAAGUGCAAGUUCCACCUGCAGCUACAAAACCACUUGGCCGAGAUCAACAAACUUUCUAGUCAGAACAAGCGCAACUGUGCUUGCUUCACCCCGGAUGGAUUGAUUUAUACCAAAAUCAAGUCGAAACGGGACUACAAACAUCACCUGCUGGGUUCGAUGAGAUCGACGGGUGGCCAUCACCAGCAUCGAGGUCGCCGACACAGAAGAGACGCUCCGAAUGAUUACCGGGAAAAUUUGCUGCUAGCUGACCCGGUGAUGAGUGGUUUGAUAGGGGUGGUGCGUUCGGUGGUGGAGUUGGAAGAGUCAUUAGAAUCUAGUCAAACUGGAGGACGAAGCAAGAGAGAGGCUACGUCGGGAGGCAAACAUCAAAUUGAGAAUGUCAUUCAUGAACUGCAGGUCACGCUUAAGGACAUUGAGGUCAACUUUGACAAGAACUCAGUUUUGAAAAGUCACAAUCAGUCAAGUGAGGCCGAGGGAUCAGAUACUGGUUCCAGGUGCUUCGUAACCGUAGUUGGAAAGGUAAACUGUUCUAACGUUAUCUACGACGAUGAGUCUAGUUGGAGACACAGCAGAGUCCAAGUCGACAUGUUGAUAAGAGUUCUGAAGAGUAAAAUCAAUGAUCUCAAAGAUAUUAAACGGUUUUUGAAGGUUAAUAAACCUUCCACCUACAAAGAGGGAGACGAAGAUCUUGAAGAAGAUGAAGAAGAGGAUAAUCAAAGUACAUCACUUGAACUGGAUUAUGAGAUGAAGGCAACAACCACUUCAACUACGACUACGACAGCUGUUCCAAUCUUUUUCCAAAACGGCUUCAACAGAAACAGAACAGGCUAUGGGAGACGUCCGAAACAAAACGGAUUAGGGUAUCGAAGACGGGUCAAGCAACCUCAACCGACUGAAGAAGAAGGUACACUCAUCGACAUGAGUUUGUUUGAAAACGAAGAAAGCACACAGGAGACCACAACCAAUCGAACUAGUCACAACCGGUCGAGGAACAAUGGUCACGGAAUGGCGAUCAACGGAAGACAUCGUAACAGAAACCGUUCAACAACUACUACUUCAACAACUACAACAACUGCUACGAGUUUGCCGGAAGAAACGUAUCCCGAUGAGUUCAGUCAUUUGUCGUCGGAACCGACACUUCUCAAAGUUACAGAAAAGGUGUUAAGCGAAAUCCUCAGUUCUACGACAAUUUCUUCGGAAGGCUCAACUCAGAGUUCCCCUUCAGGAGAUACUUUCGACGGCUACACCGAUUAUAGCUCAUCUCACAAGUUUUUCAUCAGCUCUACGGAGUCUUCUGCUUCCGUUGAAGGUUCUUCACCAACCGACUCAGUCACUCAUUCUUCAGAACGGUUUGAAUCGGAGGAAGACUACCAUGUACAUCGUUCAGAGGAUGACACUUCAACUUCAACGACAACCACUUCAACAACAACAACAACAACAACAACCACAACGGCAGCAACGAGUACCAGUAAUGAUCCCUUCGUGGUUAACUCCAUAGCUCAAAACCAAAUACCGGUGAUAAAAAACGACGUUACCUUACCACCUGCCGAAUGCUACUGUGAACCGGAAGUCGAAAGCCCCAUUCCGGACGAGCGGGACCUGGCACGGGAAACCCGCCGGCGUCUCAAAGAAGAGCGGCAACGGAAGAAGGAACGUAAACGGCACCGGAAGGCGAAGCUCGAGAAGGAGUGCCUGUCGGAGCGGAUGAAUUGUUUCAGCCACGAUGCCAACCAUUGGCGGACAGCUCCGCUCUGGGACGACAAGCCGUUCUGUUUCUGCAUGAACGCCAACAACAAUACCUACUCGUGUCUGCGAACCAUCAACCAGACGCACAACUUCCUGUACUGCGAGUUUACCACCGGGCUGGUGACGUACUACAAUUUGAGGAUAGAUCCCUUUGAGACGCAAAACCGUGAAUCAUCCCUCACAGCCGAGGAAAAGUUGGUGCUUCACGAAACGCUCGAAUACAUGAAGAGUUGCCGUGGCAAGGGCUGCUCGUUACCACGCCAUCAUCAAGCAACGGCUUCUACAUCCCUGACGGAUAGCUCUAUGACGGCAGGUAACGGCCACGGGUUACUGGCAGGCUCUGCUGUUGCUGCCGCUGCUGCUGGAGGACGACAAACCGGUGGUGGUGCUCUAGUGGGACCCGGCGGGAACGGAAAUGGCAAAAGGAAACACCACCGGGAACAGGGAAGAGCAGCCGCCGGACAUUUUCAAGAUUUCGAUUUGCAAAAUGUCAACGGAACACCCAAAAAGAAAACUAAGUGAGUUGCGAAGCUGCACAGCAAAAAAAUUUGGUGAUAUUACAUCAAAAUCA